UUUUUUUUUUGCAUUGAAAAAUGUAACGCACUUUUCCAAAAAUAGAUUAAUUUUUUUAAAUAAUAAACAUAAAGAGCUAAAAUCUUACGUGAAAUCAAGUGACAAUGGCUCGCAAAUCGUUUGCUCCCAAUACCCAGCCGAUGUACGUGUUGGAGGAAUCGUUUUACCCGGAAACCUGGCGAGAUGACUCACGGAUGGGUGUGCUGCUGUCCGAGUUCCGCACCCGAGCGGUCAACCCGGAAAACUACGAUUCAAAAAUGCGCUUCUGGAAGGAGCUGAUUGUGAAAUACUGCGAGCACAAGGGCUGCGCCGCGGUGUCCAUUACCGAGCUGAAGCGGGUGUUCCGGCGGAAAGGUACCAGUCCGUACUGUCUGAAGGUGGUGUUCGAGGACAUGAUGAAGGAUGGACGACUGCAGGCGAAGAAUGAGUUCGACCGGGUUCCCCAGGACAGUUGGGGAGGAUGGGCGAUGGAUGUUCUGGUGAAACGGCCGCUGGGGUGGGGAUUCGGCGCAGUGAAGGACCGGAUAGUGGGGAGUGCAUUCGAUGAAAGUGCUGAAUUCGUUUGCAUGGAUGUUGUUAAGAGUCAAUCUGAACUGCUCGAGAAGCUGAUACAGAAAGAGAACAAACUGAAUGUGCUCCUGUCGAAGAAUGCUCUCUUAGAACUAGUCAAAGAUCUUGACAUCAAAAGCGAUGGACUGGACCUGGUAUUGCAUCAUUUGUUCUGUCGACAGCGUAUCGUCAUGGAGAAGUUGCCCUCGGAAAUGGAGCACGAGAAAAAGAUCCUUCUGAAAUUCGCUGCCCCUGGGGCCCAAGCCCAGCCCAUAACGGACAUCGAACGGUCCAUCUACAAUCUGGAACAAACCGAGCACGAUCUGAUGAAGGUGAUUGACCGGUUGGAGCAAAACAUCUCCGACGCGAUGACGGUGGUGAAGGAAAACCUACGUGAAGGGAAGAAACAGCUGGCCAAGUCCAACCUGCGGAAGAAACACCUGCUGGAGAAAAACCUGGAGAAGAAGAUGAACGUGCUGGAUAACGUUCAGACGAUGAUGUCACGGAUUCACGAUUCGCAGAGCGAUCGUCACGUUAUCGAUGCGUACAAGAUUGGUUCGAAUGCGCUGAAGAAGGCCUUUGCCGAGACCGGUAUCACGCUGGACAGUGUGGACGACACGUUGGCGGAGAUGAAGGAGAUCAUGGAACAACAGGACGAAAUGCAGACAAUGAUCAGCGCACCGCAGAACGCCGACGUCGACGAUCUGGAGCUGGAACAGGAACUGUCCGAUUUGCUCGACAUGAACCUAGCUGCAAAUCAUGUGGCGGUUACACCGGCAGGGCCACCAACGGUACCCGGAGCAGGACUGCAACCCCCAGCAGGUCAACCAACGCUGGCACAGCUAAACGACUUCGACAAAGAAAUCGAAAAACGGUUGGCAGCGCUGAGGACGGACGUCCCAUCACCUCCGUUGGACACUUCCACGAUUAUCGGUGGUACGUCGGUUCAAUCGCAGGGCAGCAACCUGCCGUCAGCACCUGCUUGAACGUCCAACAUGCAAGUAAGCUAGAAGCCUUUAUCUUAAUUGAUUGUAAUUACCGUUUUCCUUGAAAACACCGUCAAAUAUUAAAUUUUAUUGCUGGAUUUGAAAAAAAAACUA